CGCCGGGCCUGCUCUCGCCGUCCCCGCGGCCUCCGGCGAUCUCGGCCUCUCGAGGCUUCCACCCACACGCUUGGCCCGGCUGGCGGCUUGGGGUUGUGCGCCGGGCCCUACCUGGCCCCGUGCGCCAAGACAGAGCGAGGCCUGACCCCGGCGAGCGCACCGAGCCUGCCCUGGCCGAGACUGGCUGCCCGCUGAGCCCAGCCCGGAGCUCUGCUCCGAGGGUCCCGGUGUGACAGCAGGUGUGGAGGAAGAAAAUGGCGGGCUUUGCGUAAAGCAAGAAACGCCACGCUAGCUGUCCCCUCGGCUUUCCCGAGCCUGCCCCCUCCCAAGGGCUGCCCUUGGCGUGAAUGGAACAGCUUGAUUAGCCAGGUGACAUCGUGGUGGCCCAGGAAGCAUGCAGCUGUGGCACUGGGGGCCCUGAAGACUGUCUGGCUUGCAGGGAGGAAUGCUACGGUGGGCAGUGCACUUGGAAGGUGGGCCGCGAAGGGUGAACCACGCGGCUGUGGCUGUUGGGCACAAGGUUUAUUCCUUUGGUGGAUAUUGUUCUGGAGAAGACUAUGAGACUCUGCGGCAGAUUGACGUCCAUGUUUUUAAUGCAGUGUCUCUGCGUUGGAUCAAGCUGCCUCCAGUGUGGACAAACAGCCAAGACCAUGUGAGAGAGGUGCCCUACAUGAGAUAUGGGCACUCAGCAGUGCUCAUAGAUGACACCGUCUACAUAUGGGGCGGUCGCAACGACACUGAGGGAGCCUGCAAUGUGCUCUAUGCCUUUGAUGUCAACACGCACAAGUGGUUCACACCAAGGGUGUCUGGAAUGGUCCCAGGAGCGAGAGAUGGGCACUCGGCUUGUGUCCUGGCAAAAAGCAUGUUUAUCUUCGGAGGCUAUGAACAGCUGGCUGACUGCUUUUCAAAUGAUAUCCAUAAAUUGGACACCACAAACAUGAUGUGGACCUUAAUCUCUGCCAAGGGUACGCCAGCUCGCUGGAGGGACUUCCAUUCAGCUACCAUAAUUGGAACAAAGAUGUAUGUAUUUGGUGGCAGAGCUGAUCGUUUUGGGCCACUUCACUCCAACAAUGAGAUCUACUGUAACCGCAUUAAAGUAUUUGAUACAGAAACAAACUCCUGGCUGGACUCCCCUCCAACUCCAGUGCUCCCUGAAGGCCGGCGGAGCCAUUCAGCAUUCAGCUACAAUGGGGAGCUCUAUGUAUUUGGUGGCUACAACGCACGCCUGAACAGACACUUCCAUGACCUCUGGAAAUUCAAUCCAGUAUCUCUUUCUUGGAGGAAGAUUGAGCCCAAGGGGAAGGGCCCGUGUCCUCGACGCCGGCAGUGCUGCUGCAGAGUGGGGGACAAAAUAAUUCUCUUUGGAGGCACCAGUCCAUCUCCGGAGGAGGGAAUGGGUGAUGAAUUUGACCUGAUGGAUCACUCGGAUCUCUACAUCCUUGACUUCAGCCCCAGUCUAAAGACGCUGUGUAAGCUAGCAGUGAUUCAGUACAGCCUGGACCAGUCCUGCCUUCCCCACGACAUCAGAUGGGAGCUCUCAGCCAUGACAACAAACAGCACCAUCAGCCGCCCCAUCGUCUCCUCCCAGGGCUGACGCUGGCUCAUCCCUCCACCAUCCUGCUCUCGCCCCUCCACACACUGACCUCUUGCUCCAAUGCCUGCAUGAGUUUUUUGCCCUUUCAAGCAA